AUGCAUGCAUAUGACUCGUUACAUUUCAGUUCUUGUACUCGCACCUCGGUCAAUAUCACUUCAUCAGAACCCAUUCUAUACAGAAAGGACCCCAAAAGGCUGCGCUGGAGUGUCCGGGUUCUUGCGCUAUGCAACGUCAACGCUAUUGCUAAAAGUGCGUACAUUCAUUUGUCAAAGACUUUAUUAGAUGUGGACAAGGGAUCGCUUGAUGAAAGCAAAAGUUGUUAA